AUGGUUUACAGUGGUUACGCGAUCUUUGCCUUGGACGAAUUAUUUCAAAUAUAUCUGAUUUAAAUUGUUGUUAUACGAUGGUUUAAUUAUUUCUCCAUCAUUUCUACAGUAGAGAAUAUCAUUGGUAUUAUGAAAGACUAGAAGCUGACUGAUCUUCCAAGAUCAUGGCCUCUGUAGGGUCAGGCCAAGGUGCCAGUCACUUUGAGAAGGGGCGCAUCCAUGCUCUACAAGAGGAACGCAUUGCCAUUCAAAAGAAGACUUUCACUAAAUGGAUCAACUCACAUUUGGCAAAGGCAAACCUUCACAUUCAGAACCUAUUUGAGGACCUCCAUGAUGGUAAGGCUCUGAUGCGUCUCCUGGAGGUCAUCUCUGGUGAGUCAGUAGGUCGACCCAACCAUGGCAAGCUUAGAGUACAGAAGAUGGAGAACAUCAACAAGGCACUCAAGUUCCUCUCAUCAAAGAAAGUACGUCUUGAGAGUAUUGGUGCUGAGGACAUUGCUGAUGGCAACACUCGUCUCAUAUUAGGGUUGAUCUGGACUGUUAUUCUUAGAUUUCAGAUUCAAGAUAUCCAAGUAGAAGAUGAUGGCUCAACAGAAACCAAAUCAGCCAAGGAAGCUUUGUUGCUGUGGUGUCAGAGGAAGACAGCUGGGUAUCCUGGUGUGGAUGUUCGUAACUUCACCAGCAGCUGGCGAUCUGGUUUGGCAUUCAAUGCACUUAUUCAUGCUCACAGACCAGAGCUAUUGAACUUUGAGGUGUUGAAGCAUCAGAGCAAUAUAGAUAAUCUCAACAAUGCUUUCAAGGUGGCUCAUGAGAAGCUUGGUAUAGCCAGGCUACUUGAUGCUGAAGAUUUGGAUGUUGACCGACCUGAUGAUAAGUCGGUGAUGACAUAUGUUGCUGCCUACUAUCACUACUUUGCUAAGAUGAAGACGGAGAAGACAGGUGGCAAAAGAAUAGCAAAGAUCAUCAGUCAAAUCAAGCAGAUAGACACCCUUCAGGAUGAGUAUGAGAGACUUGUGACUGAUCUGUUGGAAUGGAUCACUAGUACCACUAGGAAGAUGAAUGAUAGAGAUCUUCCCAACCUCCUGGCUGGUAUCCAGGAGGAGAUGGCCAGGUUCAAGACAUACAGGAUGGCGGAGAAACCUCCCAAGUAUGCUGAGAGGGGAAACAUAGAAGCCACAUUGUUCAGUAUCCAGACCAAGAUCAGGGCGUGCCGUCGGAAGAUGUAUGUGCCGCCAGAAGGCAAACUCAUCAACGACAUUGAGAAGAAAUGGGCCCUCUUGGAAGAAGCAGAACACAAGAGGAAGACUGCACUCCGAGAGGAGCUAGCUCGGCAAGAAAAACUGGAGAGACUGGCUGAGAAGUUUGAGAGAAAGGUGCUCUUGAGAGAAUCUUGGCUAGAGGAUAUGAUGAGUGUAUUGACGGAGAGUGUCGUCCCUAGCAGUGAUGUCCAUGCUGUGGACGCAGCUACAAAGAGACAUGAAGCUAUAACAGCAGAUGUCAUGGCAAGGAAAGAAAGAUUUGCUGACUUGGAAUCCAUGGCACUGGAGCUCGCCAAAGAGGGCUACCACCGAGAAAGAGAGGUCACUCAAAAAUCGCAGGAGGUCAGUCGGAAAUGGAAGGAGCUUCUGAGGCUGUUGGAGAAGAGACAGGAGGUACUGAAAGGGAUCAAUGAGCUGAUGGGCAUGUUCCGAGAGGUGGAUGGCAUCAUGGCGGAGAUGAAAGAAAUACAGGUGACCUUACAGUCUGAUGAGAGAGGGAAGCAUCUGCAGGCUGUGGAGGACCUGCUUCAGAAGCAGAGCCUAGUGGACACCCAGAUCCUGACCCAGGGAGAGAGAAUCAAUCAAGUCAACGUGAUCGCUGACAGGUGUCUCAAACAAGACCAUCCAGAGAGCUCUACCAUCAAGCGCAGAACAGUGGACCUCAAUGUCACUUACAAUGCAAUCAAAGAGAUGAGUCAUUUGAGAAAGUCUUGCCUUGAGGAUUCCUUGAAGUUCUUCCAGUUCAUGAGAGACAGCGAAGAGGAGGAGUCUUGGUUGAUGGAGAAGCAACGUAUUGCCAAGUCAGCAGUCACAGGUCGUGAUCUGCGCAGUGUGCUCAGCAUGAAACAGAAGCAUGCAGUGCUUGAAGCAGAGGUGACAGCCAGACAGCGGACAGUCCAGGGGGUACUGGACACUGGUCAAGAGCUGAUAGAUACCGGUCAUCCAUCUAAGAGGAAGAUCAAGACCAGGAUGGAGAGUGUAGGAGAGAAGAUGGAUAAGCUGAGGGAGUAUGUGGAGGGAAGGAAAUUGAGGCUACAGAUGGCUGUAGAGUCUCAUGAGUACUACAUUGAUGCCAACGAGGCUGAGUCCUGGAUGAGAGAGAAGAUGCCUUUGGUGUGCAGCGAUGACUACGGGAAGGACGCAGACUCGGCCAAGGUCAUGCUCCAGAAACACACAGUACUUCAUGAGCAGAUCCAAGCGUAUGAGAAUGAGGUCGUUCAACUCAGAGACAAUGGGCAGAAGAUGAUGGCUACCAUCAAAUCUAAUCAGGCAAAGAUGCAAGACAGGUCAUCACCUCCGACUGAUGAGGAAUCCUUCACGACAGAGACAGUGGAUGUACCUUACGAGGUCGAGGAGGAGGAGAUCGUCGAGCGAGAGGUCAUCAAGGAAGUGAUUGAGGAGAGGAAGUACCCUCAGGUCAAGGCCCUGUAUAACUACAAAGGAGAAGACAUGCAAAUAGCCAAGGGAGAGAUCAUGAUAUUAAUAGAUAAGACCAACAAUGAUUGGUGGAGUGUGAGGAGAGGUAACGCCCAGGAAGGCUUCAUCCCAGCAAACUACAUCAAAGAGGUCAGCCCCAAGGUCGUCAAGAAGAAGGUCAAGAGAAAGGUCAAAGUUCCUGAAAAGGUCAUGGUCAAGAAGACCAAGAUCAGACAGGAGGUGAUCAAGAAGAGGAUUAAACCGAAGGAUAGGAAGAGUAUGCUGUCAAGAUCAGGGAGUGUGCGAAGACAGAGUCAUCACUUUGAUGAGGACAACAUUGAAUUAAAACUAGCCGCUAUCAACAGCACCUACAAGAGACUACGCAAGCUGAGUGAGGCCAGGUCUAGGUACUUAGAGGAUGCCAUCAAGCUCUUUACAUUCUACCAUGAUUGUGAUGAGUUUCAGGAUUGGAUGAAAGAGAAGGAGAAAGCCCUCAAGAAGAAGGAGAGCUUCUCAGAACACGUCGAGGCAACAAGGAGAAAGUUUGAGAACCUUCUCAUUGACCUGGUGGCAAACCAAGGCAGGGUUGAGAGGAUCAACAAGAUGGCCGACAGGUUUGUUGAGACGGGUCACAGCAAGCAGGGAGAAGUAAGGAGCAGACAGAAGGAGGUCAAGGAGCAGUGGAAGAGGCUCCUGGAGCUCAAAGCUGAGAAGGAGAAGAUGCUGGAAGGAGCCUCCAGCAUUGAGCUGUACAAUCAUUCCUGGGGUGAGACCAAGGAAUGGAUCAUGGAUAAGUUCAAAGCUCUGACGUCCGAUGAUCCAGGCAAACAACCCCUGCCAGCAGAGGCUCUACAGCGCAAAUAUGAGAACCUACAGAGGGAGCUCACACCUGUCAUGGACAAACUACGCAAACUGGGACUCCUCGCUAAGGCAGUGAAAACCUCCUACCCAGAUGAGGGUGAUCACAUCAGCAAUCGUCAAGACGACAUCCACAAGCUUUGGGAUAAUCUGGAGGAUAAGGCUACAGAGAGGAAGACCCAGCUGGCUCAGUCUAGGGAUAUCACUACAUUCCAUAAUGAAUCCAAAGAAUUGAUUGCAUGGUGUAAUGAGAUGAAUGGUAAACUCCUAGACACUGAGCUGGCUAAAGACGUGGCAGGCUCAGAAGACUUGCUCAAGAGGCAUGGUGAUCUACUUCAGGACAUUCAAGCUCAUGGAGACAAGUUCACCAAACUGACCAAAUUGGGAGGGCAGCUGCUGAAGACCUUACCUGAUUCACUGACCAUUGCACACAAGGUAGAGAAGCUAUCAGCCAUGAAGGAAGGUCUGGGAACCAGAUGGGAUAAGAGGAACACACACCUGGAAGAUGCUCUGGACUUAGCUAUGUUCAAUCGAGAGGCAGAUCAGAUUGAUGUAACCACCAGUGGUCAUGAAGACUUCCUGGACUUUCGUGAUCUAGGGAGCACAGUGGAGAGUGUCAUUUCACUGCUGAAGAGACAUGGGGAUUUCAUGAAGAAAUUUGACCUCCAAGAAGAGAAGGUCAAGGGCUUGCAGGAUAUGGCUGAAUCACUCAUUGCCAAACAACACUACGCAAAGAACUUUGUUGGUUCUCGGAGAGAUGAAGUGAUAGAGCGAAGGAAUAAAGUGAAGGAGAGGAGCGAGCAGAGAUGCAAAGCCUUGAAGGAAUCUCAAGAACAUCUAGAGUUUGUUAGAGAUGCUGAUGAGAUAUCAUCGUGGCUUGCUGAAAAGUUUGAAAUCGCUGAUGAUGAGUCCUACAGAGAACUCACCAACCUCCCAGGCAAAGUGAAGAAACAUCAAGCUUUUGAAGCAGAGAUAACAGCCAACAAGGAGAGACUAGAUAAACUCAAUGAGACUGGCGCCGCUAUCGUUAAGUCCGACAAUGCCAACUCGGAGGAGAUCCAGGUCUUACUGAAAGCCAUCAACUCGCGCUGGACGGAUCUGACCGACAGGUUCAAGGAGAGAGGGAAGAAGCUCCAGCAGGCUGUGGAGGAGCAGCAGCUGAUACGGGGUAUGGAGGAUGCUGCGGGUAACAUCCAGGAGAUAGAGGUUGCCAUGGCAUCGCAGGAUGUGGGUCAUGACCUUCGAAGCGUCAAGAGUCUUCUCAAAAGGCAGCAGGUGUUGGAUACAGAGAUGUCUCUGCAGGCCGAGAGGAUGCAGAAACUAUCCCAGGAUUCCAAGGAGCUUGCAGACCAAGGUCACUUUGACACGGACAAGAUUAAAUCUGAGACAGCUUACGUCACACAAAGAUUCAAAGAGUUGCAGGCUCCGGCUGAGAAGAGGCGCAAGAAGCUUGAGGAAUCCCUCAGGGUACAGCAGUUCUACCAUGAUGUCGACAAUGAGCUUCAGUGGAUCAAAGACCACUCUCCUGCAGCCAGCUCUACCAACUAUGGAAGGGACUUCACUUCUACUCAGAGCAUGGUCAAGAAACAUCAGAAACUUGAAGCUGAGAUAUCUGGUCACCAGCCUGUUAUUGACAAGGAUCUGAGCACCGGUCAGCAUCUCAUUGACUCUGGUCACUUUGCCUUGCAUGAAGUCCAGGAACGAUGUCAGGACCUGUCCCUGUCAUGGGACCAGUUACUAGACCAGGCCUUGGCCAGGAAGAAGCAACUGGAUAUGGCAUUUGAAGCCCAGAAAUACUACUCCGAGGCUGCUGAAGCUGAAUCCUGGAUGAUUGAGAAACUGUCCUUGGCGAUGAUCACUGACUAUGGCAAAGAUGAGGAUGCUACGGAAAAGAUGCUUGCAAAGAAUAAGGCCCUAGAACUGAACAUAGAGCACUAUAACAGUGUGAUCAGGGCACUAGGAGAUAGGAAGGACCAGAUGGUUUCAUCAGGGAACCCUGAGGCCGAAGGCAUCUCUGAAAGACAGGAUGAGCUUCUUCAGCAGUACAAGAACGUGAUGGACCAGGGUACCCACCGGACCUUCAAGCUAGAACAGACCAAGCUGAUGCAUCAGUAUGUGAGGGAGAGCGAUGAGCUUGGUGAAUGGAUUGAAGAACAGUAUCAGGUGGCCAGCUCAGGGGAGUAUGGUCAGGACUAUGAACAUCUGGAGGAGCUGAGCAAGAAGUUUGAUGAGUUUUGUCGCCAUGUAGAGACAGGCAUGGAUCAGUUCAAGAGAUGUGAUAAGCAGGUCCAGAGCCUUGUCGCAGAGAGAUAUGAGCAGAGUGACUCAUUGAUAGAGAAACAGGAUAGCUUGCAACAAGCACUGGAUAUGUUGAUGGAUAGGUUAAACAGUAGGAGAGAGAAGCUAGAAGCAGCAAGACAGAUCCACCAGUUUAACAGAGACUAUGAGGAAGCUAUGUCUAGGAUACAGGAGAAAUAUGCCAUUAUACCUGAAGAGCUUGGUAAGGAUGUGAACGCUGUACAGUCACUGGUCAGGAAACAUGAGGCCUUUGAAAGUGACCUGGUAGCUCUUGAAGGACAGUUGCAGACCCUUGUCAACGAGGCCGUUCGUCUUCAGGAGGAGUAUCCAGGAGAGAACGCCAUGCAGCUUGAUGAGCAGCAGAGUGUGAUGGUAGCCGACUGGAAUCUCCUUCAGGAGAGAGCCACAGAGAGGAGAUCAAGUCUUCAAGCAGCAAAUGACUUCCACAGACUCAUGGCUACCUGUAAGGACCUGAUCAAGUGGUCAGACAAUGCGAAUGCAGAGAUACAAGCUGAGGAACCUGUUAAGGAUGUGUACACUACUAUGAGUAUGAUUAACAACCAUGUACAACUCAGGUCAGAGAUUGAGGCCAGAGAAGACAACUUUAGCUCCUUGGUACAGGCAGGAGAGAUCCUCAUUCAACAGGGGCACUUUGCCAGUGAAGAGAUCCAGGAGAGAAUUGAAGCAGUCUUACAGGCCAGAGAGGACCUUCACGGAGGCUGGCAGACCAAGAAGGAGAAACUAGACCAGGCUCAUCAACAGCAACAGUUCUACAGAGAGGCCAAGAUCCUAGAAACCCUUAGCAGCCAACAAGAGGUCUAUCUGCAAAGCAGUGACAUGGGAGCAACAGUGGAAGAAGUCGAAGCACAGAUCAAGAAGCAUGAAGCUUUUGAGAAAAUUCUUGCAACUCAAGAAGAGAAGACAAAUACACUUCAGGUAUUUGGUAGUCAACUGAUGGAAGAAGGUCAUUUUGAUGCACCUGGUAUUCAAGAGAAACUGAAAGAAGUUACAAAAAGGCGAGCAAGGCUUCGAGAUCUGAGUGCAGAGAGGAGACAGAAAUUAUCAUCUGCUAAGCUAUAUGCUCAGUUCAGCAGAGACAUUGCAGAAGCUCAGGCAUGGAUCGGUGAGAAGUGGAAGACCUUUGGAGAUGAUGACCUGGAAUCCCUCAGUAACCUGAAGGAGAAGAUGAAGAGACUGCAGAAACAUCAAGCCUUUGAGGCUGAGAUCAAAGCCAAUGAGAAGCUCAUCUCUGAUGUCAAACAGGAAGGGGAAUCGCUUUUGAAGCAGCAUCAUCCUGACUCUACAAACAUCAAUCAAAGAAUGUCCGAAAUGAUGAAAUCAUGGAAUGACCUGAGACAGGCAUCCAUCAAGAGAGGGCAGCAUUUAGAAGAGGUCAGGGACUUGCUGGAGUACAACCAAAUGGCAGAGAAGAUCGAAAAGUGGACGAGAGAGAAGGAAGUGAUGGUGUCUGCACAUGACGUUGGGAAUGACUAUGAACACUGUAUGGAACUACAAAAGAAACUCAAUGAUAUUGGUUCAGAUCUAUCCGUGGAUGACGCCUUUGUGAAGCGUAUGUGUGAGAUGGGUGAGAGACUGAUGAAAGAAGGCAACCCAGAUCAGACGAACAACAUCAGAAAGAGAACCAAGGAUAUCAAAACAAGCUGGCAAGGUCUUCAGUCUGGACUCACCAAGUAUCGCAAGGAGCUCACCAAUGCUGCUGAGAUCCAUGCCUUCAAUAGGGACAUGGAUGAUGUCAUGGAAAGGAUUAGUGAAAAGAGAAACGCUAUGGACAUUGAGGAAGUAGGUAAAGAUGUGAAUUCUGCUGAGUCACUUCAGAGAAGACAUGGUGAGCUUGUCAGGGAUUCUACAGCUAUAGAGACUAGACUCAAGGAGCUAAAGAAGACUGCUGCAGAGCUCAGCAAGAGGCAACCUUCUGCAAAAGCCUCAGUCCUAGCCACAGAACAGGAAGCAGAGAAGCAAUGGGGCGCCCUCUGUGAACUGAGUCAGCAGCGACAGGAGAAGCUUGACAACUCCCUCAAUCUGCAAAAGUUCUACAAGGACUACAGAGAAAUGAUGGGUUGGACUGGUCAGGUGAUCAAUCACAUGACUUCCGGGGAGCUCGCCAAAACAUCUAGUGAAGUGGAGAAUUUGUGUGAGCUUCACAAGGAGAGAAAGGCUGAAAUUGAUGGUCGCAAUGCCAAGUUUGAGUCCCUCUAUGAGACAAGCUCCUCCAUGGUGGACCAGGGUCACUAUGCCUCUGAGGACAUCAAGCAGUGCCUUGACCAGCUGACCGAGGCUAAGGCCCAGGUGGAGACUGGCUGGGAGGAGCGUAAGACACUCCUGGCUCAGUGCUUUGAUCUUCAAGUCUUCCAGGAGUUCACGGAGCAGGCAGAGAGCUGGCUGGCAUCCAAGGAGGCCUUUAUCACCCAGGAGGAUGCGGGGGAUUCCCUCACCACGGUGGAAUCUCUGGCCAGAAAACAUGACGGUUUUGAGAAGACGCUAGAGAGCCAGGUUGAGAAGAUUGAUGAGCUCCAGGUAUUUGCUUCCCAGCUGGUGUCCGGAGGCCAUUACGAUGCUGGAUGGGUAGAGUCGAAAUGCCAGGCCAUCGCAGACAGGAGAGACAAGCUAUAUCAAGAGACAGAGGCAAGGAGGAAGCGUUUAGCUGAGUCCCUUGAGAUGCACCAGUUUCUACAGGACAUUUAUGAGGUGGGCUCCUGGAUCAGCGAAAAGACCCAGAUCGCUUCUGAUGAAUCCUUCCGUGAUGAGAGUAACCUCACCCACAAGCUUCAGAAGCAUCAGGCCUUUGAAGCAGAGCUGCUCUCCAACAGGGGCAGGGUGGAUUCAGUUCAACAGCGUGGCAAAGCUAUGAUUGAACAGGAGCAUCAUGCAUCAGCUGACAUCAAGGAGAAACUUCUCGAGCUAGAACAGAGAUGGCAACAUCUUAUGGAUCGGUGUGCCUGGAAACAAGAUCAUCUACAGCAGGCAUACAAGGCCCAUGUCCUCCAGCGUACUAUAGAUGAUAUGAGUGGAUGGUUGAGCGAGGUAGAGAGCCAUCUUCAGUCCAGUGAUGUAGGCAAGGACAUGGCCAGUGUCAAGCAUCUCAUUAAGAAACAUCAGGCUCUAAACCUUGAUAUUGAAUCAUAUGAAGAGAAAGUGAUUGAAAUCAAGCAGACAGCAGGGACACUCAAAGAAGAAGAGAACUUCCUAGCAGAUGACAUGAUCAACAAAACAGAUUCGGUUUAUGAAAGGUAUGAUGCAGUCACCGAGUUGGCUGUACAGAGACAGAAUCAGUUGGAUGAUGCCUUCACCCUCUACAAGUUCUCAAGAGAUGUUGAUGAUGAGUUGUCAUGGAUACAGGAGAAAAUGAACCUAGCAUCCUCCAAUGAAUAUGGCAACUCCCUGACUGCAGUUCAAAACCUAGUCAAGAGACAUCAAAUGCUGGAGAGUGAGAUAACAGCCCAUGAGCAGUUGAUCGGUGCAGUGUCCAACACUGCUCAUCAGCUGCUGGAUAUGGGUCACUAUGGCAACAGUGAGAUCAAAGACCAAGAGAUGAAUCUGAACUCAAGAUGGAGUCAACUCAAGGAGGCUGCUUCUGAAAGGAAAAGGAAACUCUCCUCUGCACUUGAUAUUCAGAAGUUCCUCUCUGACCUGAUGGAAGCCGAGUCCUGGAUGAAUGACAAGCGCCCUCUAGUGACGAGCACAGACUGCGGCAAGAACGAGGACUCUGUAGUGUCCUUACUGAAGAAGCUGGAUGGUUUGGAGCUAGAUCUAGAAGGCUACUCUGGAACUCUGCAAGCUUUAGCAACGACAGCCAGUAACCUGUCUGAUCCAUCUAACCCUCUUAUGAAGGAUGUACAGGAAAGACAGAAUGAAAUAGAGACUCAGUACCAGGAUGUCCUGGACCUACUGGAGGCUAGGAAACAUGUCCUGAUGGGCCAUCUCAAACAGUUUGAGUUCCUGAGAGAGAUGGAUGAGAUGGUGGAUUGGAUCCAGGAGAAAGAGGUCCUGGCCCUAUCAGAGGACUAUGGCAAGGACCUGGAACAUGUUGAGAUCUUGCAGGCAAGAUUCAACAGUUUCACCAAAGACAUUCUCACCAACGAGGGUCGUAUCAGGGCUAUCGGGAACAAGGCCAACACCCUUAUCAAGAGUGGCAUCGAUGAAGACGAUACCAUAGCAACCAAAUGUCAGGAGCUUGAAGUCAGAUGGGAUGAACUGAAGGAGGCUACAAAUGCUAGGACACAGGCUCUAGCUGAUGUGCGAGUAGUGCAUGCCUUUGAUCGAGAUAUUGCUGAGACCUUAGCAUGGAUCCAGGAGAAGGAUACAGCAGUGUCCAGUGAGGAUUACGGCCAUGAUCUACCCAGUGUCCAAGCCCUGGUCAGAAGACAUACAGGCUUUGAGAGGGAUCUAGCUGCUGUCGAGGAGAAGGUAGAGUCCACCUCAACCCAAGCAGCUCAGCUGGUAGAAGAGUACACUGAUGCCUAUCAGCAUAUCAGCGAUGAGAAUGAUUCUAUGGUGAGUGCGUGGAACAUGUUACUGGAGAGAGCAGCCCUGAGGAAAGACAGACUGAUGCAGGCAGAACAGCUUCAGCUCUACUUCAAUGAAUUCAGGGAACUGAGCACAUGGAUCAACGAGAUGAAUGCUCUGCUUUCAUCAGAUGAGACCCCCCAUGAUGUGACCAGCGCUGAAGCUCUCAUCAACAAACAUUCUGAACAUCAGCUAGAGAUGUCCCUCCAUGCUACCAACAUUGCUGACUUCAUUGAGACUGGCAAGAAGCUCAUUGACGAGGAUCACUUUUUAGCCAAGGAGGUUGAGGCUAAAGUGCGGCAGCUGGACCAGGCGUGGGUCAACCUGAAUGCCAAGUGUGAAGAGAGGCAGAACUACUUUGAGGCCAAACUAGAUACCUUCCUGUUGCAGAGAGACCUUGAAGUGGCAGAUUCCUGGCUCAAUGAUAAGGACCCUAUCCUUGUAGACCAGUCAUUCCUGGAUGAUUCUUGCGAUAUUGAGGAGCUAUUGAAGAAACAGGAGGACUUUGAGAAGAUGAUCGAAGCACAGGAGGAAAGGUUUGCUGCCCUCACAAGGCUGACCAAGGCUGAGGCAAAGCGUGAUGCUGGCCAUACAACUCUAGAUGAUGUCCUACGAGAAUUUGACAAAGUGGAGAAGAUGGGAGCACCCCCUAAUGGCAGAGGUCUUCUUAACAAACAGUUCACAAUAGAGGAAGAAGAUGAAGAAGCAGAGGAAGAAGAGAGAAAGAAAACUCUUCAAGAUGAAAAUAUAAGCAACAUGCUUGAUGAUAUGGCUGGCAUGUCACCAAAGAAUGCAGGCAUUCAUAACACAGACAACUUGUUUGAUCAGACUGACUUAGUAUCAUCUAAACAAACUUCCAGUCAGGAGGCUGCCAUUCCCUCAUCUGUUGCUAAGCAACAAGAGGAAGCCUCUCCACGUCGGCAUGUACCAAAGUCCUUCAGACCACCACUCACAUCCUCAAAAAUAUCAUCAAGGACCGGUGGGAGCGAGAUGCGAUCCGAUAAAAUUGAUGAUGAUGAUGAAGGGAAAGAGGAGGAGGAAAAGAGGAAGGAAGGAGGACAGGAGGAGGCUGCAGAAGCACUGGACCGAUCAAGAAGACGGAUGUUGAUCCCCAGGAUAAGCAUCACCAUGUUUGAUGAUGAGCUUCCAGAGACCUUUGGUGUUCCUGAGGAUGCUGAUAUCAAGAAGGAUGAAGCAGACCAGAUUGAGCAGAUUAUCAGACAGAACUCUAUAGAGGAGGAAGCAGGAGACAAUGAUGAUGAUCUCCUGGAUGAAGACUAUCCCCUUGAUGAUGAUGAUCUUGCUUUUCAGGACAGUGAUGAAAGUGGUCCUGUUGAUGACCCAGACUUUGAUGAUGCUGAUGAUUUACUGGAUCCACCUGACACAGCACCAUCUGUAGGCUCAGUGAAAAUUAAGCCUGAGACUAAACCACCUCCUCCAUCUAGCAAAAAGCCGGAGAUUACCAGACGCCCAGCAGGACCAAGAACCCAAACGUUGCCCCCCUCUCCCCAAACCUCAGACCCCCAACUGCAAACGUUGCCCCCUUCUCCCCCAACUUCACACUCCUCAUCAAGCAUCUCAUCUUCCAGUCACACAAAUGGAGCUUCAAGCCACCAAGGAAACAGUGGAGAUCAAAGGUCACCAAGGUUAUCCCAAGAUGCAACGACUCCAAAGCCGAGGGUGGGGCGGGUCACGGCGGAACCCCCGCCUCCGAUACAGGUGGUGGACCUGAAGGGGCGUUCCCCUCCAUCUGAUGGCAAAGAGAAGAAGAUCUCCAUCAGUAGCAUCUUCAAAAAGAAAAAGUGAUUACAGUCACUUGAGGUAAAGUGUGGAAGAUCAUCAAUGACAGCAUCUUUUGUUUUAAAGCCUAUCUGCACGAGAUUGGCCAGGAGGGAUUAGACCUCCCUGUGUGGUCACUGACAGGUGGUUAUCCCAUCAAAUCAGCUCCCAUU